UGUCAGGCAGGUCGGAGUACUCCUGAUGGAUUAGAGCAUCAAGUCUUUACUUUGGACAAGAAAGGACCGAUCAUUUCCGGAGAGUCACAUCUGAUGCGCUCCUGCCACCGCCAGUCUCUGGACGGGUUCACACAGGCUACAGUGCGACCACCUGCGCUUGAAAACCCCGGCAAAGGCGGUGGCUGUCCAAGCGUGCGGAGCUGAAAAAAAAAACAUACAAGGAGCUAAGACUCUGAGCAUCUGUGCAGCUACUCCCCGAAAAACCCUCGCAACACCCCCCCACGCCUGGAAGGCAUGUCGACCGCCGGGGAAGUGCCAGCCUUCUUCAAGAGCAUGGGCUCUGACAGCCCCGCCAGGCCGAGGCAGAAAUUCUGUGGCAUGUUCUGCCCGGUGGAAGGCGCCUCGGACAGCAAGACGCUCGACUUUGAUGCGCUCUCGGCGUGCAGGGGCAAGAGUGACGGGCGAGUCAUUGACCGGCAGACCGACAUCUCCCAGCCGAGGAAGGUGGAGAUAAGGGAGAGCACAGGGAAGGAAGCUCUGCAGAAUCUGGACGAUAAAAGGACAAAUUGGGGAAAAUCUCAUCGUACCUGGCGGGGUAAAAACCAUCGAUGCCCACGGGCGCAUGUUAAUGCCGGGCGGCAUCGACGUGCACACACGUUUCCAGAUGCCUGAUCGAGGCAUGACGUCCGCCGAUGACUUCUACCAGGGCACCAAGGCUGCACUGGCUGGAGGCACCACCAUGAUCAUUGACCAUGUGGUUCCCGAGCCUGGUGUCAGCCUCAUCUCGGCCUUCGAGCAGUGGCGCGAAUGGGCCGACAGCAAGUCCUGCUGCGACUACUCGCUGCACGUUGACAUCACCGAGUGGCACAGGGGCAUCCAGGAAGAGAUGGAGGCGCUCGUGAAGGAUCACGGUGUCAACUCUUUCCUCGUCUACUUGGCUUACAAGGAUAUUUUCCAGCUGACUGACGCUCAGGUGUACGAGGUGUUCAGCGUGAUCCGUGAUCUGGGAGCCAUUGCCCAGGUGCACGCUGAGAAUGGAGACAUUGUAGCUGAGGAGCAGCGCAGGAUCCUGGAGCAGGGGAUCACUGGGCCUGAAGGACAUGUGUUGAGCCGUCCUGAGGAGGUGGAGGCGGAGGCUGUAAACCGCUCUGUGACGGUGGCCAAUCAGACCAACUGCCCUCUCUAUGUCACCAAGGUGAUGAGCAAGAGUGCUGCUGAUGUCAUUGCUCAGGCCAGGAAGAAGGGCACUGUGGUCUACGGAGAGCCAAUCACUGCAAGCCUGGGAACAGACGGUUCUCACUAUUGGAGCAAGAACUGGGCCAAAGCUGCUGCCUACGUCACCUCACCUCCCCUGAGCCCCGACCCGACCACACCAGACUAUCUCAACUCCCUGCUGUCCUGUGGUGACCUGCAGGUGACAGGAAGUGCCCACUGUCCCUUCAACACUGCCCAGCGUGCCGUAGGCAAAGACGACUUCAGCUUGAUUCCUGAAGGUGUCAAUGGCACUGAGGAGAGGAUGUCUAUCAUCUGGGACAAGUGUGUGGUGACGGGUAAGAUGGACGAAAACCAGUUUGUGGCAGUGACCAGCACCAACGCCGCCAAGAUCUACAACCUGUACCCGCGUAAGGGUCGUAUCGCCGUGGGUUCUGACGCUGACCUGGUGCUGUGGGACCCAGACUUCACGAAGAUUAUCUCUGCCAAGAGCCACAACUCGACUGUGGAGUACAACAUCUUUGAAGGCACGGAGGUGCGCGGCGGGCCUCUGGUGGUGAUCAGCCAGGGCAAGAUCGUCUUGGAGGAAGGAAACCUCCACACCACCGAGGGCUCGGGACGCUACGUGGCCCGAAAACCUUUCCCUGACUACGUCUACAAGAGGAUAAAAGCACGCAGCAGGCUGGCUGAGCUGAGAGGUGUACCCAGAGGACUGUAUGAUGGUCCGGUCUGCGAGGUGUCAGUCACACCUAAAACCAUGACUCCUGCUUCCUCUGCCAAGACCUCACCUGCCAAGCAGCCCAACCAGCCCGUCCGUAACCUGCAUCAGUCUGGAUUCAGCCUAUCUGGCGCUCAGGUUGACGACAACGUUCCUCGCCGGAACACCCAGCGCAUCGUGGCGCCACCAGGUGGCAGGGCCAACAUCACCAGCCUGGGUUAGAGCUCCGCCCUUGGCCGCCAAGGAGGAAAUGAAGAUCUGAGGAAGGACGGCUGACAGGAGCUUCGGGGUCGAGAAAACCACGUCACGACACCCUGAGCCGAACCCUUCACAGCACCUGACCGGGCCAUCCGUCAGCCUCGAUCUUUCACCUCCUUUGCCGCUUUUCCCACGUACCCACUCUCCUCCUCCCCAAACCCUGAUCCUAGAGGACACAGUUAGAAACAAAAACAAAAAAAGGUCUGCCUCAUAUGAUGAAAAAAAGAGAAAAAAAUGAAAACACUCCUUAUUUGAGCACUUUUGACUGCAUUAUUUUGUUUUUUUAUAUCGUACUUUCUCCCUGCCAUGUAUCCUUUUGAUGUUUGUUUUACUGUUGUUUUAAUAGAGGGGUGAGACUAAACUGAAUUGGUACAAUUGAGAAAGGGGAUCAUUUACAUGCCGGAUGUCCAUUGUAUCUUCAUUUUGGGAGUAGUUCAAAUAGAGCAUGGGUACAAAACCAGUAUUGUUAUUCUUGCUUUUCUUAAAUAGGCCAAAAAAGUAGGUUGCUUGAAAUUGAACUGUCUUACAGUUUAUUCAGCCGACAAGAAUCUAAUACUUCCUUCAAGCUGUUGACUAUCUGUGAUUUAUAUUAUGUUGCAUUUCAGUUGGGUCACUGUCCAUUGCAUCGCCAUCUGUCAAACUGAUACUGUCAAUAUCUAAUUGAGUUUUCGCCAUGAGGACGGCCUUAAGAUUUGAAAAAUUUAACAAACUUUUAUUAGGGUUGUAGACUCUCCCUGCACUGGCUCUCAUCUCAUGUUUUCCCACCUGUGGCUUUGCUGAGGUUACGUAAGUAAAAAAAAUCCAUAGUCCAUACUUGGCAGCUGCCUUACAGCUUGUGAGUCUUGUGGAGCAGAAGGAACUUUGGCAGGUAGUAAAUAGGGCUUUAUGCCUCAUCUCUGAGCAUUAGGCCAUCGUUAAGUGGGAGAAUUGAAGAAAGGAUUGAGGGAGGAAAGAGAAAGUUGUACUCGCUGUCACUUCAAACUAAACCUUUCCUUGCCUUAUUGUCUCUUAACGCCGUCCUUUUUAGAGAAGUUUUAAGACGUGCAGGGAAGGUGCCAUUCACUACGCAGCUACAUAUUUUCCAGCUUGUUUGCAUUCCUGUGAAUCAUAAAGGUCCAAAGUUCUGAUGGACAGCUGUUGAAGCACCUGAUGACCGUCCAUCACCAACCAGUGCAUUUACAUAGAGAAUGUUUCUCCUCCUCCAAAUGUGACUGUUUUAUACUCAUCAGAAUCCCUCUUUCCUUUCUACUCUUUAUGUGCCUGAACCCGCAGAAGUUGUACUGAUAGUUUGAAUUUUUCUCGUUUUGUUAUUCUUAUUGAGGUAAGUGAAGGAUGUAAGAUAAAAAGAUGUAAAAUAGCCAGGAUUAACCGAUUCAAAGGUGCCAGAUUUUGCGCUUUCAUAGGGCCUAUUCUGUUGGUAGAGCCCCUGUAAAGACGAAAAAUGCUCGAUAUCUUGAAAUGUUCUAAUGUUUUAGAGUUUUUAACUUGUUGUCAAACUGCUUUUUAGUGUCAUUCUGUAACUAGGUGCCUAAGGGCUGAGCACUAUUGAUUUACGCUUGAAAGUAGACAUGAGCUAAUGUAAUUCUGACUAGUGUGCAGUGUUGAUGUGUGAGGGAUGGGACACGCACAGCAGGCUCCUGUACAGCACUCCUCACUGUUGUGAACGUGACGUUGCUCCAGGCUGUGCUGAGCGCUCAAAAGUUCUUGUUCCUUUUUUUUUUUUUUUUUUUUUGCAUGAUCUGGUUUUCAUUAAGCCAAGCAACUGAUUUCCUGUGUUAGCUCUUGUGUCAACGAAGCCUUGGCCACCAGUCACCAUCUUCCUGCAGCCUUUUUCUUCCCCGUGACUCAACACGGAGCAACAAGCUCACGCUGACAUAGCCAGGGGCCAGUUACAUAAAUGUAGAUUAAGACUAGAUUAAGACUCGUCUAUGCUGGUCUUAAAUUCCUUUAGUCUGAUGAAGACUCCUGCAUAGACCUACUUGUCGCUAUAGCAACACUUGAAAGAUAGCUUUAGCUUUAGUUAGCUAUUGAACACAAGUCAGUGUCACAAGUCUUUGGUUUGUCAUUUGAUGAAGUCAUUUGAAGUCAGGCUUAAAAUUAGACUUAAAUUUGAAUUAGUCUUUAUGCAACCGGUCCCUGACUCAC